AUGGGUGAUACAAUUAGGCAAUACGACGAAAGAAGUUCAGAUAGUGAACCUUUUCCGGUGUCAGAAUCCGAGUAUGAACCAAGUGAAUAUAGUAUAGAGUCCAGGGAAUCCCCUACUGACAGAGCAGAGGAUGUGGCUUCUACUUCAAAUUACGUACCAUCGUUAUUAGAAGAGGAAAAUGGUAUGCCAAAAUCAAAAGGAAAGAAAAGGAUCCGGAAUGAAUUACAAUGGAAGAGAAAUAUUAGAAAAAGGAACAAGACUGCAGGCCAAGAAUACAUCAGUGUAAAGGGAAAUAUUGUGCCUGCGAAAACUUUUGUGGCUAAAGACUGUAUGUGCUUAAAAAAAUGUCAUGCGAAGUUUUCGCAAGAGCGGCGUGAAGCACUAUUUAAAAACUUUUAUGCAUUAGAGUCACACGAUUUGCAAACUGCAUUUAUAUAUGGACAAAUACGCGUUCAGGUCAAAGAACGAUCAUACAGCACGCAGAAUAUUAAAAAAAAAGAAAAUGCAAGAUACUAUUUUUUAUCGGAUGAGCGUGGAAAAGAAUGCCAGGUCUGCAAAGAGUUUUUUAAACUAUCAUUAGGGGUUUCUGAUGGUCGAAUAACAAGGGCUCUCGCAACAAAGAAAACAACUGGAACACCUCGAACUGAUGGUCGCGGUAAAACAUCAUCAGCGAAUAAGACUUCUGAAGUAAAGAUUGAGGGAGUUAAAAAUUUUAUAAAUAAAUUUCCUGUUUACGACUCUCACUAUUCGAGAGAAAAAAACCCAGCACGUCAAUACCUAUCUCCUGAUCUAGACAUAACAAAAUUAUUCAAUUUAUACAAGGCUGAGGUACCAAAUAAUAACGUUUCAAUCUUUUUAUUCCGUCGCAUUUUCAAUCAAGACUUCAAUUUGAGCUUUCAUCCUCCAAUUUCAGACAGUUGUCGCAAAUGUGAUGCAUUUAACGUUAAAAUUAAAGCCGCUAUAGCAAAUAACGAAGAGUGUCACAUUAUUCAAGCAGAGCAAGAACUACAUCAAAGAAAGGCAGAAGCUGCACGACAAGUCGAACGAGAAGUUGAAAGUCCACAACUACAAACACCAGUUACCCAUAAAACUGGCGUGAAACUCAAACAACCGGUAAACCCAUCAUCUCAGGAAAAACACGGAUACAAGAAAUCACAACCACAACAGACUGAAAUAAAAUUAACAUCAAAUCAAAAACUAACACAUCAAGGAACACCAAAAACAGGUAAUUCUAACAAAGACAAUACGGAUCUCAAUAUCGCCAAUAGAACCAGAAAAAAUUCGAAAAGUUCAAUCGUUACAUAA